AUGGCGAUUGAAGACAAUAAAAUAUUCGCUGGUGACACAAGAGCCGGUCCGCCUGGGUCCGGUUCUGCCCAGGCGCCGACCGUUUCCAUCCAGUCACGGCUGGGUGACGUAGAGGCCGGCCUCGAUGCGUUGCGGAAGGAGGUCAAAGCAGGCUUCCUCGCCGUGAAAGACGCGCAGGAGGGGCUGGACAGCAAACUGGACAACUUGCUGAGCCUGAUGAAGGAUCAUAUGAAUUCGAUCGUACUGAGUGGUGUGAAUCGUCGCAAACCGUCACGAAAAUUAUCUCAAAUGUUACGUGGAAUCAUUGAUGGCGAAAGGAAUAUGAAGUCGAUGCGAUUGUUGGUUUUAGUCUCAUCCGGUGAAGGCAAACCACGUGAAAUCGACAUUCGUACAACUGUUUACGAGAACGAAGAUUUCAUCUAUCAACGACAUGUGAAAUCAUCACGGACAUUCUUAUCCGAAGUGGAAAAACGUUUCAUAUUGAUGGCAUUUACAUUGUGA